AUGGACCCAAGCUCAGAUCUUUACAAGUCGUUAGAAGUAGUAGCCAGUGUUUUUGGAUGGACAUAUUUCAUAGCAUGGGGACUUACUUUCUAUCCUCAAUUAUUUCUCAAUUGGAAACUUAAAAGGUGA